CGGUGGGCUGGCUUUUGCUUGGGUCGAGUUGAAUUGGGUGCUAGGCGUUGUUGUUGUUGUUGUUGUUGUUGUCGUUUUUCGUGAUCGUUGUGGGGAUUUCUGCGAGAAGAGGAGCGCGUAAUUGGGCGUGGAGGUGGUGGAUCUUUGGUUAUUUUGGUGGAGAUUUUGUUUGGUGUUGGGAUCCUGGUCAGAUUUCUUGAAUGUGUGCUCCCCGGGUCGCGUGGCGAGAUUUUGGUUUGAUGGUGGAUUUUUGACCCGUUCAUGCUAUUGCGCAAGAUCUUGAGGAACGUUUUUGUGUAUGAAAGAUCUUGCAGAAUUGUCGUGUCGUUCGGUUUACAGAUCCGUCAACAUGGUUCUGCAAUUGGAAAAUUCCGUCUGUUUGCUUGACAUGCAUGAGGAAUUGGCUCUAUUUCCGAGAAGUGGGAGCUUCAGCAGACAAUUUCUCCUGCUGCGAGGCUUUCCUUUAAUUCCAAAUUCAUAGUUCUUGAUAUAUUGGCCAUGCUUUUUCGCAGCUUGAAUUUUGCAACUGGCCUACGCCCAUCAAUUUAGGAUUGAACGUAGUUUCUUUGCUGCUAUGUCCUAGCCCUGAGAAAUGGUCGCUGACAUGUGAAACUUUUUUGAGGGCGGAUUUCUCGGGGUUACUUUUCAAACAGCCUCUUAGAUGCUUCGAUCCUCACGUUAAUACUUGUAUACUUACGUUGUUUCAUGCUCGCAACGUUUAGCCGGUUGCCCAUGAUGUAAAUGUUGAGAGUUUGUUUGGUCCCCCUCUUGUGUCUUUUCAUGCGGUUGAGUAAAAUGACCUGAAAAUUUAUUAUCGUGAUCAUGCAGGAAUUGAUUAAAUACAACCUUUGGGUACCAUGGAGUCUGGAAGGGGAGCGCUGUUGGUCCUCUUGGUUGCUCUUUGUGCAGCAAGUGCGUUGGGUCGGACGCCUUCGUGGGAUGGCAAGAUUGAGAUGCCAACCGAAGAGGACGCUGAGAAGGGCACUCGCUGGGCUAUCCUUAUUGCUGGAUCGUCUGGGUACUGGAACUACCGUCAUCAGGCUGAUGUAUGCCAUGCAUACCAAAUCCUCAAACGUGGAGGCUUGAAGGAAGAGAACAUCGUCGUAUUCAUGUACGAUGAUAUUGCAUACAGUACUGAGAAUCCACAUCCAGGAAAAAUUAUCAACAAACCCGAUGGACCUGAUGUGUACCAAGGCGUUCCCAAGGAUUACACAGGUGCUGACGUGACUGUGAGCAAUUUCUAUGCCGCACUCUUGGGUGACAAGGAUGCCAUCAAAGGCGGUAGUGGAAAGGUGGUUAACAGUGGACCUAACGAUCACAUCUUCAUCUACUACACCGACCACGGUGGUGCUGGUGUCUUGGGUAUGCCCACCUCGCCCAACCUGUACGCAGAUGACUUUGUGGACACACUCAAAAAGAAGGCUGCAGCCGGAACUUUUAAGGAGUUGGUGAUUUACCUUGAAGCUUGUGAGAGUGGCAGUAUUUUUGAGGGUCUUUUGCCAGAGGGCCUGAACAUCUACGUUACCACUGCCUCAAAUGCAGAGGAGAGCAGCUGGGGCACUUACUGCCCUGGCAUGUAUCCUCCACCACCUCCUGAAUAUGACACUUGCUUGGGCGAUCUCUACAGUGUCGCGUGGAUGGAAGACACUGAAAUCGAAAACUUGAAGAAGGAAACACUUGAGGACCAGUAUGUUAUUGUCAAGUCUAGAACCUCAAACCACAACACGUACCGCACUGGCUCCCAUGUGAUGCAAUAUGGUGAUGUCAAACUUGACGUGGAAGAGCUGGCGCGCUACCUUGGUUACGACCCAGCAAAUGAAAAUGUGACCAAGCCUGAGCUUCCAGAGUUCUUAUCGGCCCACACUGAAAUCCUGACGCACGUUGAUCAGAGAGAGGCCGACCUUAUCCACCUGCGAUACAAGUUCCGUAACGCUGUGAAGGGAUCCUUGAGGGAGGCAAACGCUGCAACCGAAUUGGCUAAAACAAUCGUGCAUCGUAAGCACUUGGAUGACAGCGUUCAGCUGAUUGGAGAGAUUUUAUUUGCGGGAGAAAACGCUCUUGAGAAGCUCACUGCCGUGCGCCCAGCUGGGUCUGUCGUUGUGGACGACUGGGCUUGUCUUAAAACCAUGGUGCGCACUUUUGAAGCAAGCUGUGGUCCACUGACCCAGUAUGGUAUGAAACACAUGCGUGCGUUUGCAAAUAUCUGCAACGCUAGAAUUGAUCCUGCAAAGAUGGCCGUGGCAUCGUCUGAGGCUUGCAAACUCAGUACCAGUGCUGGUUCUGGAAUUUGGAGCCCUGUUACUUCUGGAUUCAGUGCGUGAGUGGGGCAUUCAAAUGCGUGAGUUGUCAUCACUUUCGUAAUGGAUCUUUUUAGAAGCAAGUCCUUGCUUCGAUGAAGGAGCCAAAAUUGUACAGCAGCAACAGCCACCUCCAGAAUCAGGGAAUUGGAUUUAACCCGUACGGAACACGGGUAUGACAAUUUCCAUUUCCUUGAGUCCUCCAGGAAACGACUUCAUUUACUCUAUUACAAGAUACAAAGAUUUGCUAUUGAUUUUUUAAUGCGAGUUCAAGAGGCUUUGUUGGAUUCAAAGAUUUGCUAUUGAUUUUUUAAUGCGUUGUGUCAGUACAUGCUUUGUUGGAUUUUUUGUUAACUCUGACUGGAGGUCAAGUGUUACGCAAACGACAAUAGAGAGUAAAUUCCAUAGUUCUGUAGCUGCUUAUCCCUUGAAUUAUAUACUUCUAGUUGAAGCUGAAGGUCAAUACUUUAUGUGUACAGAUGUAAAAUUUAAUAGUACAUAUUUUAAUAGAAGCUUCCAUUGUACAAUCUAUACAAUAUAAUAAAUCACAUAGUUUAAUGUAAAA